UAAUGGUUUAUCAGUGGACAAACUUCGUCUGGGAAACCAAUGCAUGGUGGUUGAGAAGAAUUAGACCUGUAUUUAUUACAUUUCUAUCAUCAAGUUUGUUGUCUUGGGAGCUUUUGCAUUCACAGCAUUCUAUGGAGGUAGAUAUUACUUUUUUGGAAAAUGGGCAUAUUAUAAAUAAAGACAAUUCACAGAGGCUGAAUUAGUUGCUUAAGCAGAAGUGAAUAAAAGGUUUCAUUAAUACAUAAAUUGUUUAGGAAUUGGGGUUAUGGUGUUUGGUACAAACCAACUCUUGAAAGAAGUAGAAAGAAAUUAUUAUAAGAUGCACUUAAAGGUAUAGAAAAAAUAGAAUAAUUUAGAUAAAUAUAGAUAUGCAAUGACUUGGGAAGAAUUAUUUUAUGAAGAUCCAAGACCAGUAGAGGAAAUUCUUGAAGAAGAAAACUCAUGGGAAGAAUAUGAAAUUUGAU